GUGCAAUGAGUACAACAUAACCUCAAAGCGCAAAAUGGCAACUGAUAAAAGACGAAUGGAAAAUGAAAAAACCAAACCCAUCUUUUGCGAAUUGUCCGCUAAUGAUUUGGAACCGGAAAUUACAGAGAUCGAGAGUUUGUGUUUUGAGUGUGGCAAAAAUGGAAUUACAAAGCUGUUGUUAACAAAAAUUCCACAUUACAAAGAUGUGAUACUUAUGUCUUUCGAGUGCCCACACUGUGGCUACCAAAAUAAUGAGGUACAAAGUGGUGGAAAGAUAGCAGAGAAAAGAAUCAAAAUAACAUUGCAAGUUGCAACACAACAUGAUCUGAAUCGUCAAGUGGUUAAAUCUGAUUAUACUAGCAUUCAUAUUCCUCAUUUGGAUUUUGAGAUUCCUUCACAAUCUCAAAAAGGAGAAAUCACCACGGUGGAAGGAAUAAUUGACAGAAGCAUUAGUGCAUUAGAACAGGAUCAGUCAAGACGACGAGAAGAAUUCCCAGAUACUGCAAUUGAGAUAGAUCUAUUUAUUAGCAAAUUACAUGCACUAAAGAUAUUAGAUGAACCAUUUACUAUCAUCUUUGAAGAUAUUUCAGGAAAUAGUCAUGUGGAAAAUCCAAAAGCACCACUCAAAGAUAGUCAAUGUGCUAUAACAUAUUUUAAAAGGACAAAAGAGCAAAAUCAGACAUUAGGAAUUUACUCGGACAAUGAGGAUGUUUUACUCAAACCUAUAGGAGAAGGAGAAUAUCCUCUUGAACAAAUUGAGGGUGAAAUAUUAUCUUUUUCUACCAAUUGUCCAGAAUGCAAUAAUCCUUGUGAAACAAAUAUGAAACUGACAAGCAUACCACAUUUUAAAGAAGUUGUCAUAAUGGCUACACUCUGUGAAUCUUGUGGCCAUAGAACUAACGAGGUAAAGAGUGGAAGUGGAAUUGAACCUCAAGGAGUUAAGAUUGAAGUGACAAUAACAGGUAAGGAAGACUUCAGUCGCGAUUUACUGAAAUCUGAGACUUGUGAUAUGGAAAUACCUGAACUCGAGUUAGAGGCUGGUCCAGCUGUUUUGGGUGGUCGGUUCACAACCGUUGAAGGUAUCAUAGUAUCGAUGAAAGAACAGUUGUCUUCUUCAACGGCUUUUACUGGAGAUAGCAGUGAUCCAGAUAUCGUGCAAAGAAUGAAAGCGUUUAUCGCUCAAUUAGAUGAGGUUUUGAAUGGUAAAAAAAAAGUAACCCUGGUGUUGGAUGAUCCUGCUGGAAAUAGUUAUGUGCAAAGUCUUUCUGGCGAUGGACCCGAUGAUAGAUUAAAAAUCACAAAGUAUGAUAGAAGUUUUGAUCAGAACGAAGAACUUGGAUUUAACGACAUGAAAGUCGACAAUUAUUAGGUUCCUGCUAAAAUAAAAGAAGGAACAUUAGAGGAAGUACCAUCUAAGUACAAAUACCAUCAAAGUAUAGCUAAAGAAUAACAAGUAACGAAACCUUCCAUGUUAGACCAUCAUUGUCAUUGUAGUAGGUUUCAUUGUUGAAAUUUACAUUGUGUAAAUAUAAAUUUUAUAUUAUUUCCAUUGAA